GAUGUGAGAGCCCGGAAUAGCAGGGGAUGCUGGGUGGGGAUGUGUACUGUGGCAUCCGCAAGAAGAGGGUCUUUCAAGCCAAGGAAGUGGAAGAGAUCAGGAGUGAGUAUAGACAGAAGUCCAAGAACUGAGCAAGUGCAGGAAGAGGAGGAGGAACCCACGAGGGAGGCCAAGAAAAAAGUAGGAGAGCCAGGGACUACAGCAUCCACAAAGAUGCCUGGAAAGAGUGUCAGCAAGGAGGAAGCAUCCGAGGAAAGGGCAGGUGAGGUAGGCCCGAGGAGGAGCCUUUGCCUUUAGGUUACUGAGGUCACUGGUGACUUUGACAUGAGUGGUUUCUGAGGAGGGUGGUGUCUAAAGCCCGCCCCAAGUUCCCUUUGGGAAUGAGGAAUGGUGGUGGAACCACAUAUUCCUGGCAGUUCUGGAGGGAUAGUAGAGGACUGGGUUCGUUUGGUGGGGAUUAAAGUGGGAAAAUGUAUUGUAAAUGUAUUAUUUGUUCAAAGCCAAGAAUUAAAGAAAGAAUAAACAAGAGGGAGAACAACGGUGGGAGAAGAAGCCACAGAAGUGGAUACAAGCCACGCUUGGGGUGGGGGCAAGAGCCACGUUCCAGACCCUAAAUUUAGCUCAGCCCCGGGCCAGGACAAACCUGCACUCCGGGAACCUGACACUGCGGCCCGGGCGCUAGGCCCUUGGCCCGGCCGUGCUAGGUCGAGCUCGGGAGUGGCGCCCAGCUGGGUGUGUGCGCCCAUCUGUCCAGGCCCGUUUCCUACGGCUGACUGGAUCAGGCUGGGGGUGGCCUAGAGAGGCUUGCGGAGGGUCUGGGCGAGGUGGGGGGUGGGCGACGGAGAGGGGACGCCAGGGGACAGAGGAGGCUACAGACUAAAGCCAGUGUUUGAGGGGCCCGAGUGGGGCGCACGGCGCCGGCCCUCACUUGGAUCCGAUCGGUAAGUGAGAUCUGGCCCGCCCACCGCGCGCUCGCGCCGGUCUCGCUUCCCGGCUGGGCAAGCUCUCAGCUCCCUUCUCCGACAGCCCGGCUCCAGCCCCGCCCUUCCUCUCCCAGUGGGUGCUCAGAGGCCGGACCUGGCCAACCCACUCGGAGCCGCGUACUGUCAGGCCCCUCGACUUCCCCAGCACCGCCCGGCUCAGGCGCGCCGAGGGAGCGCAUGGCGGCGGUGGGGCCGCGGACGGACCCCGGCGCCGGGGCCGAGGCGCUGGCACUGGCCGCGGAACUGCAGGGCGAGACCACCUGCUCCAUAUGCCUGGAGCUGUUCCGCGAGCCGGUGUCCGUCGAGUGCGGUCACAGUUUCUGCCGCUCCUGCAUCGCGCGCUGCUGGGAGCGCCCCGGCGUGGGAGCUCCCGAGGCGUCCCGCGCGCUGCCCUGCCCGCUGCCCUGCCCGCAGUGCCGAGAGCCCCUGCGUCCCGGCCAGCUGCGGCCCAACCGGCAGCUGGCCUCGGUGGCCACGCUGCUGCGGCGCUUCAGUCUUCCGGCGGCCGCGCUGGGGGAGCGCCGGCCCGCGCAGGCGGCGGCGGCCGGGUGCGUCCAGCACGGCGAACCGCUCAAGCUCUACUGCCAGGACGACGGGCGCGCCAUAUGCGUGGUGUGCGACCGCGCCCGCGAACACCGCGCGCACGCAGUGCUGCCGCUGGACGAGGCUGUGCAGGAAGCGAAGGAGCUCCUAGAGUCUAGGCUGAAGGUCUUGAAGAAGGAUCUGGAGGACUAUGAGGUGUUUCGUUCCACGGAAGAGAAGGAGAGCAAGGAGCUUCUGAAGCAGAUGGCAGCUGAGAGAGAGAAGGUGAGCGCAGAGUUCCAGGCACUGCGGGCCUUCCUGGUGGAGCAGGAGGGCAGGCUCUUGGGCCGUCUGGAGGAGCUGUCCCGGGAGGUGACACAGAAGCAGAAUGAGAACAUAGCUCAGCUUGGGGGUGAGAUCACCCAGCUCUCCAAGCUCAGCAGCCAGAUCCAGGAGACAUCUCGAAAGCCUGACCUUGACUUUCUCCAGGAAUUCCGAAACACACUAAGCAUAUGCAACAAUGUGCCUGGCCCCAAGCCAACCACAGUCUCUUCUGAGAUGAAGAAUAAAGUCUGGAAUGUUUCCCUCAAGACCUUUGUCUUAAAGGGGUUGCUCAAGAAGUUCAAAGAGGAUCUUCGGGGAGAGCUGGAGAAAGAGGAGAAAGUGGAGCUGACCCUGGACCCGGACACGGCCAACCCCCGCCUCAUCCUCUCUCUGGAUCUGAAGAGCGUGCGCCUCGGACAGCGGGCCCAGGACGUGCCCUGCCACCCACGCCGCUUUGACACCAACACGCGAGUGCUGGCAUCCUGCGGCUUCUCCUCCGGGCGGCACUACUGGGAGGUGGAAGUGGGUUCCAAAGACGGCUGGGCCUUCGGCGUGGCGCGGGAGAGCGUGCGCCGCAAGGGCCUCACGCCCUUCACCCCCGAAGAGGGCGUCUGGGCGCUGCAGCUCAACAGCGGCAAGUACUGGGCAGUGACUAGCCCCGAGCGGACGCCCCUCAGCUGUGGCCAGCUGUCCCGCGUGCGGGUGGCCCUGGAUCUGGAGGUGGGCGCUGUGUCCUUCUACGCCGCGGAGGACAUGCGACACCUGUACACGUUCCGCGUCAAUUUCCACGAGCGCGUGUUCCCCCUUUUCUCCGUCUGCUCCACCGGCACCUACCUGCGAAUCUGGCCUUGAGAGGGCUUCGUCCGCCUGCCCCAGAGGUCAGCUCUGCCUCCAGACACCUGGAUCCAGCCGGCCUGGGGUCUCUACUCAGAAAGGAGUACUGUACUACCUCCCAGCUCAGAGAACAGCCUGGGCCAGAACUGGAAGGAGAUUCUUGACCUGUACACGAGAGGAAAGCCCAGGACCUGGCUAUCUUCCAGUACCCCUCAAGCUGAUGAUACAGAAAGAGUGAUAUGUACAUUCUCAGCCACAGUGACAGCCCUGUGUUCUCACAGAUGCCUGAACCCCUUUCAGAUGCCAAGGUAUAAUCUCCCUUGAGUAAGGAGACCACAGGUUAUGGAAUUUUGAAACACAGAACAGCACUUACAAUUUUACAGACACAACUGCCAUCAGCAUAGACAUGCCUCUGACAUACCCUUUCUGGAACUAGGCAAAUGUACGCCAGCAGCAGCCUAGUGCCAAGGUCUGUUCAGCCUGUGCCCUGGUGGGGUAUUAAUCCCUUGGCUGAUUGGUCCCUAGCUUCUGUUUGGGUGGGCUUUGGGGAGGGGGUGUUGGGCUGUUCCCCACUUAAUGCUCCCCAGGGAAAAGGGAUGAGGAGAUGGAAAUACAGAUUGAGCUCGUUUCUAGGGUGGCUGAGCUCAUUCUUGACUCCCCCAGUCUGAGUGCAAGAGCACGGCAGGAGCAAAGGUUUCUGCUAGACUGGGUGAGCAGGUGUGUUUAAGUGUGUGAGGAAUGUGUGCACAUAUGUUAAUAUCUCGGAUGGAGGGGGCAGGGGUGUAUGUGUGUGGAUUACAAAGAGGGCAUUUAUCAGCAUGUGAAUAAGGUUUAGGUGUUGCAAACAGACCUAUGUCAGUUUGGUAAGACCCUAUUUUUCAUUUGUUGUUAAAUAUUAGCCACCCCAUAUUUAGGUCAGGGGCCUAGGUUUCCUCCCCCACUACCUGGUUACCUGGCUAGAUGAAAGUCAGUCUCAGGCCUAUUCUGUCCCGCACAGGUUUAGACAGGUGUGUGGGCAUGUAGGGACAGUGACAACUGGAUAUUCUGGUCUGCAAGUGUCAUGGAGUUCCUGUGCUCUGUCCCUGAGAGGUUUCAAGCACACUUUGCAUACAAUGGUCUUACAGGGCAAGCAUGAUACUGUUCUAGAGGCAGACCCAGUGGACAAAGCACCAGGUAAUCAGAAUCCAGUGACUUGUGGGCUGGGGACAGGUUCAUAUAAGAGUCCAGCCUACAGGGGUGGCUGAGUCAGUUAAGUGCCUGGCUCCUGACUUCAGCUCAGGUCAUGAUCUCCAGUGGUGAGAUCGAGCCCCUUGUGGGGCUCUGCGCUGGGCAUGGAGCCUGCUUAAGAUUACUCUCUUUCG